AUGGGCAAGACGGCGCAUUUGUGGCCCUAUCUGGGCUGGGCUGAGCUGUUUUCCCUCCGCACGUGGCGGGCUUCGCUGGCUGAAUGUCUGGUGACCUUUCUCUUCGUCUUUGUCAGUUGUGGUGCGGUGGUUGCGACGGGCAUGGUGGAGGAUGCCGCGAUGGACGCCUCCCGCCUGUUGACCAUUGCAAUGGCUCAUGGCUUGGGCAUUGCCGUGCUGGCCGCCUCCACGUCGGCCAUCUCCGGUGGCCACAUCAAUCCCGCCGUCUCCUUUGCCUUUGCUCUCACUGGCACCAUCUCCAUCGUGCGCUUUGUGCUCUACACCCUCUUUCAGCUCUUGGGCGCCGUUCUUGGAGCUGCCCUCUUGUACGCCGCUGUGCCACCAGCGGUUCGGGGUAAUCUCGGUGCCCACACCCUCGGCCCCGAUGUAUCUGCCGCUCAAGGUUUUCUCAUCGAGGUGAUGUUGACCUUUGUGCUAAUGUUUGUCAUUUUUGCCAACGCCGCGGACCCCAAGGGCAACGGCACCUUGGCCCCCCUUCUGAUUGGCCUCACCGUGGUCGUGGACAUUUGCAUCGGUGCCCCCCUCACGGGCGCGUCCAUGAACCCCGCUCGAUCCUUUGGCCCAGCCCUGGUGAUGAACACGGCCUGGAAGCAUCACAUCAUCUAUUGGUUUGGCCCCCUUCUGGGCGCUGGCUUUGCCGCAGUGUGGUACCGGCACAUGUUUUUCAACCCCAAGCAGAAAGAAGGCAGUGAAGGUGGUGGUCUCGAUGAGAUUACACCCUCCCGCCUGCUUGUGGAGAUCAAGAGUCUUCUCUCCGACCACGGCAACGCCCGCAACUACGAGGUCAACAACGAGCACCAGCCUCUGUUGGACCACUGA